GCAUUUUGUAAGAAGCAAAUCAAAGAAUUCAUAAUUACCUGAACCCCAUGUCACGCCUCUGUCAGGUUAAUUGAAAAUAGCGACCAAGUCGCAACAAAACGUGAGUACUCCCAGCCAAAUAGAAACGAUAAAAACACGCCGAAAAUGAGUAAUCAAAGAAAUUUUUACAGUGUGCAUCCGGCCUCGAUGUAACUGCACAGACGACGGUGAGAGAGCCAGAAAAGCGAGAAUGAAAGGUUUGGGUCGUUUACGGGGGGCUCCGUGCACAGCGGGAGGAGGGGUUGGCAAAGCAAUCGGACUGACACCAAGCUAGGUCCGGCCAUCUUGUGACGGGGAAGCGCUGUUCUUGUCUUCAAAUUAUCGAAUUAUUGCCGAAAUUGCUGCAAAAAGUUAAAAUUAUCAUAAAGAUUGCUCAUGAACGAUACCGGCUUGUUUACAUUAGUGCGUAACGUAGUUCUACAUCUCAUGAAACUGUUAAUAACUCGUGUUUUAGUUGUUUUUAUGUGUCAUAAAAUCGUGUGUGUAAUUUCUGUUUUUUACUUUACUGGAAUAAGACAAUCUGCAAUAAGCAAUUGAAAAACCGCAAUGGGCUGAAUUCAAGUAUUUUGUCGAAAGAGACAACAUUUUAACAGCUUCCUGAACUGGAAAUGGAUAAAGAAAAUGAAAAAAACAAUGAGGUUAAUUCAAGCUCCAAUAAAGUAUCAAAUUCGCAAGAUCAUGCGUCUCUUCUCGAAGCUGCCAAUCUUUUUGGUGCUUACUGGCCGCGUGGAGAUGCUGCGGCCAAUUUGUUCGCCGUGGCAGCCGGCGGUUUCGGCCUCUCCGCCCAUCCAUCCAUGACAUUCGGAAUGCUGCCCUCCGGUACGGGGGGCGGCCGAUCUUCUGCCACCAGCUUGCCAUCUUCCUACCAAACAACGACCAGCUCCUCCGGCACUGGAUCUGUCUAUACAAAUUCGCUAUCGGCGGCAGCAAGCCAGGCCGCUAGUUUAGGAUUACCAGCUGCGAGCGCAGCAUGGUGGUCAAUGGCUUCACAACUGGCAGCUCAAGAUUACCUCGCUAGACUUCAAGCGUCUGGCUUAACUUUUCCAGGCUUAGGAGGCGAUUUACAAUAUCCAGGAUUGGGGUUACAGUCUGUUGCUAGUCAACAUAAAAGUUCAAAGAAUCAUUACAAAAGCAGUCAUUCCUUGCCAUCAUCAACUUCUGUGUCUAGAUCUCAAAAUCACUCGAAGCCUUCCUCCUCGUCCAAAUUGGAUCCCAGCUGCAUGACUGAACCCAUGAGCACUUCGUCUUUGGCAACGUCGCAUUCUUCCACAAGUUCUUACUCGCAUCCUGCCAAAUAUUCACCCAGUUUGUCGAUCCAUCCUGCUUACAAAUCUCCCGAUAAGCAUCAAAGAAUAAAAUCAAGCUCGAACGAUUUGAAUUGCUACAAUAAAAGCUCGAAGAGCGUUAAUUCGGUAUCUGGCAGCGACAGUCCAAAUUUGAAGGAAACUCCUACUUCGUCACCAAAUAUUUUCACUAGUUCCUACGGUUUGGUUAGUAGUACUCCGGACAAGGGAGAUGGUGCUAAUCAUAGUGGAGGCAGCAAUUGUCUAUCUUCCAGUAUAUUAAGUGAUCCUAAUUCUAUUUUGGGUGGUGUUAGGUUGCCACCUGACACAGAGAUUAUCAAGUACACUUCGUCCAUUGUGGGUCCUAAAAUACCUGGUACAACGAAUCGCGGAAGGAAGAAGACCAUUAGUCUAGACCCGCCGUCUGUAAGUUUGCAUCCUUCGCAGAUAAACGCUGGUUCCCUAAUUGAACAUACAAACAAAAGGCCUAAGUUAAGUGAUCAAGACAUUACACCUCCGACAACUCCAUUAAGUGAUAAAGUGGAGGUCAUAAAACUUCCUACAACCAAUGGUAACUUAUCAUCAGAAAUUACUUCUAACUAUGAUUGUUCAGAAUCUGCAGGCGAGGCCCCCUUAAACCUCUCUUUGAAGCCAAAUUCUGAAGUAUCUAGUGCUAAUUCAUCUUUGGCUUCAUUGAGUAAUAUAUCCACAAGUAUUGGAUCUGAUAGGAUUUCUAGAAGAAAACCUGGACCCAAACCUCGACGUUGUAUUCCCUCUGGCACACAAGUUACUUCGUCAGUGUCAAGUGUUUCAUUGUCUCAUCUCUUCGCUCAAGCUGAUUCUCCUAGACCGCCAAGUAGAAAUGAGGGUUCUGACGGCGGAAGUUCUACCUCUUCAACGUGCACUACAUCCACUCCACAUUUGUCUGGAACACCAAUAUCUCCAGUUUUAGGUUAUAAUCAAAAGGAGGGAAGGCCUAGAAAUUUAGGACGAGGAGUCAGUAAACCAAAAAAGAAUACUGUAGCUUCAUUGUUAGCCCAAAGUCGAGCUUUAGGUAUCAAGCCUAUUCCCAUGUUGGAUCCAAACACUUCUAUAAACCAACAGAUGUCAUUACUCAAGUCGAAUAUAAUGGCUGCACAACAAUAUUUACAAGAAACGGGUGGUGAUGAGAAAGCUUUAAAUAAAUAUUUUCAGGAGAAAAUGAAAGGUACACUUAGCGAUUCUAGUACAGUAGAUGCCACUUCGGAUUCUGACAAUUUGACAGAUUCUAAUCAUACCGAUUCGGAAAUGGAAACUGAAGUUGUAACGAAAAAGCAGAAGCAGUACGAUGAAAGGUUGCUGCGAAUUCCUUUAGACAGAGGAUGGAAACGGGAAACAAUUAUUCGAGGUUUAACAAAAAACGGCGGUUUAAAAGGAGAUGUAACUUAUUUGGCACCAGAUUCAUCGAAUAAAUUCAAGCAAAUGUCGGAUGUAACACAGUAUUUAGAAUACCAGAAAAAUGCUGAUCUCAGUAAAGAAAAUUUCACGUUCAGCUGCCGAGUAAUUUUAGGAGAAUAUUUGCAACCAGUUCCUGCGGAAAUUCAAAUGGACGGUAGCGAAUUCAUAUAUUUGACCGAAGAAGACGUGAAUAGAAGGAUCGAAGAAUUUAAAUAUUCGAUGAGAACAAAUAUUCCAGUUGAACAAAGAAUCGAAAUGGCCAGAAAACAACAGGCCGCCAGAGCGGCAGCGAGACAAGACAGAGAACAAAUUAAAUUAACAAAAGAAACUGAAAGAAAUGAGCGUCAUGAACAAAUGAAAAGAGAAAAAGAGGUACGAUCUCAAGAACUUAUGGAGGAGAGAGAAUUAAAAAGACAACAAGCUAUUCUUCUCAAGGAACAGGAAAGAGAGAGAAGACGUCAACAUAUGUCUCUAAUAAAAACCUUGGAGAAUAGACGUAAACUUGAAGAACGCGAAAGAAAAAAACAACAAUUACUCGCUGAAAAGCAAGCAAAUAAAGAGAAGAAACUUGAGCAAAGAAAGAUAGACUUAGAAAUUCUUGCCGAAAUCAGAAAACCCUGUGAGGAUUUGGAACUGGAUCAAAAUACCUUGCCGGAUUAUGAAAGAAUACCUGGUUUAAAACUACCAGGCAAACCUUUCGGCGAUAUUCUUAUGGUUUUCGAAUUUUUACAUAACUUUGGAGAAACUUUAGGCUUUGAUAUGGAAUCGUUGCCGACAUUAGAUGCUCUACAACAAUCCUUAUUGCCUAACGAAAACUCUGUUGAUGCUGAAGAUGAACUGUUUUCAGUGAUGACUCAUUUACUUGUUUGUGCCAUUGAAGAUCCAGGAAUUCCUAAUCCUGCUCGAUAUACAACGAUUCUCGGUCAAAAUUUGAGACAAGCCGAUAUAACUCCUUCCAAUAUUUCAGAAAUUCUUCGAAUAUACCUGUACGCUAAUGCCACGGGAGAAAUAAAGGCUCUUACCGGCAUUCACUUUGAAAGGGAACGAGAAAAGAGGGUGGCAGAUCACCAUCAGAAUGAUGAGGAAAUGGUCGUAACACAAACUGGGAAAAACGCUAAUUAUUAUGAAUUGCUACACGGUAAUCCCACUUACAAACUUUCCCUUUUGUUGAGAUCUAAACCUUUUAUGUCGCUGAAUCCAACGAAUAAGGCUGAAAUUCUGGCGUAUAUUUGUAAUGAACUGCUUCAAAACAAAGCCGUUAUUAGACAAAUUGAAAAUUCAUUGGAAACUGUGACACAACAAAAGAAAGAGAAAUGGUUAUUGGACAUGAAAAUUAGAAAACUAAGAAUGUUACACAAUAAAAAAGUAAGAACAGAAACAAUAGAAAAAUCUAUAAAGUUAGAAGAUGACCAGAUGGCAGAUUCUCCUUCAUUAAACAAAGAUGAUUUAUUGGAUGAAGAAGAUAAUGAAUUGAGUGAAAACGAAAGUGUAGGAACGCAACCGGAUGAGGAAGAAGAUAAUAAAUUGUCUGGCGAAGAAUUGGGAAAGAAACUGGAAAAGUUUGUAAAAACCUCAGAAACACAUUUCAAAACGUUGCAAACUGCUAGUCUUCAAUUGCGAGCGAUUUGUUUUGGUCAAGAUCGCUACUAUCGACGCUAUUGGUCCCUUCCGAAAGUAGGAGGAAUAUAUGUGGAAUCCAUGGAAAGUGCAGAUCCAGAUCAAGCAGAUGAACAAAUUAAUAGAGAUAAUUUAGAACAAAGUAACAAUGGUAUCCAAACACUAAACGAACUUGAUAGUUUUAGUCAAAGAGAUGAAGAAUUAGACGACGCUGAUAUAGAUGAAGAAGUUAGUAGUAUAAUAGAUAGAAAUGAGGUAGAAGAUACAGAUUCUAGAUUAAAAUAUGACGAAAACGAACAUAGAAAAACACCAAACCGAAUACAUCUAUUAGAAAAUGGGGAAGUUCCGGAUAUAAGUGACCAGAGUCUUAGCGCGCUUAAAAAGAGCGUCGACGAUAUCGUGGAAAAUCUGGAAUUGAAGAAAGAAAAGUCUGAGUCGCCAGAAGAAAACCACGAAGAUACAAAUAAUACCAGUGAAUUCGAAUCUUUUAGUAAUAAGAAAUUCAGUUUAUUUGAGAGAUUAGGCCAGUGCAUGGAACGCGAAAACAAGACUGAAGAGGACUUAAAAGCAGAAGUUAAAGCGGAAGUUAAGGAAGAAUUAAAAAAUGAAAUCCUCAACGAGCUCAAAUCGGAUAUGAAAAAUGAUAUAAAACUUGAGUGCAAACAGGAGGGCGAAGACGAGCUGGAACCCAAAUGGUUCAGUAUUUUAAGUCCGGAUUGGAGUACGUGCGAAGGCAUCCAACUUAAUUCGGGUAAUAAAUGGGAAAAUGGCGUCGGUGCUUGUACUAGGGAUAUAAUGGAACUUAAAAUACCUGUAUUUCCCCCACUGGAUAUGAAUUCUUCUAUAGGGUACAGUAAUUGCGACAGUCCCGCGCCUUUACAACUAACUCCAGAGGAAAGUGCCCAAUUGGAGUACAUUAAAGAACAUGGAAUACCUAAAACCAAUGAAAAGAAAAGCGUUCCGUCUUGCAUGAGAUAUGGAUGGUGGAGAAUAACGGAUACUGGUCAACUCAGAGAUAUUUUAGAUAGUCUUCAAAUAAGAGGAAUACGUGAAAGGGAAUUAAAAAGAAACUUUAUAAACGUCAUGCAAGUCAUGUAUGAGAAAAAAGGCAGACUUGUUAUCGAAGAAGGCUGUAAGGAACUUAGUACUUUGAGCGAAAGCCAAAUGGAUGGCGUUCUGUUUGUGGAGAAAGGAGCACCUGUGCCUGACGGACCUGGAACUUGGAACGUUGCGCUUGAAAAUAGGGUGGACAUGUUUUUACUUGAACAGGUGGAGGCUUUGGAAGAUAAGGUUGCCAGUGCUAGUAUGCAAGUGAAGGGAUGGAAAAUUCCAAAUAGAGACUUGGGAGAAGUCGUACACAAACGUACUGUUCACACUGUUCGGGAUAGACUGGCAUCUCUCGAAAUGAAUAUUGAAAGGAGAUAUCUAAAGCCACCCUUAGGAGUUAGUACUGGGGAUCCUCAUCUUGCAGCUUUAUCACAAGAAACCGGUACUCAAAAUACUCAAACUAACUCUGACGACCUUCCCAAAGGGUUAAUGGUGUGGAGAGAUGCAGUGAACCGAUGUUUAACUUCUGCCCAAUUAGCAAUGUGCCUCUAUUCGUUAGAAUCUUCUAUAGCCUGGGAUAAAAGCAUUAUGAAAGCGAAUUGCCAAUUUUGCCAUAGUGGAGAUAAUGAAGAUAAAUUAUUACUCUGCGAUGGGUGUGAUAAAGGAUAUCACACAUAUUGUUUCAAACCUAAGAUGGAUAACAUUCCCGAUGGAGAUUGGUAUUGUCACGAAUGCAUGAACAAAGCAACAAGUGAACGUAACUGUAUUGUUUGCGGAAAGAAAAUAUCCAUGACGGGUACCAAGCUGAUAUUAUGCGAUCUGUGUCCUCGGUCCUAUCAUACAGAUUGUAUUCAACCCAAUAUGCCUAAAGUUCCUCGAGGGAAGUGGUAUUGUGCAAACUGUAUUACAAAAAAACCUAUUAAGAAACCGGUCAAGAAAAAUCACAAAAUACCUAAAGAAAUGUCGGAGUCAAUGGAACAGCCGCCACCACCACCAACUAGCCCCACUCCUUCACACAGUUCAGUAACUACUAACGAAGACGUACCAAUAUUGAACAAUAGCCAAUCUGAAACGCCCAAUUCUACUAUACCCAACAUUGGCUCUCCGUCCACUCCAAAUUCCAACAAAAAAGAGCGACUCAAUAAAAAACUCGUAAAGGAUCUAGCACCUUGCAAGGCUAUAUUAGAAGAUCUUGAAUGUCACGAUGACGCUUGGCCGUUUCUCUUGCCCGUCAAUACCAAGCAGUUUCCAACCUACAAGAAAAUUAUAAAGAUACCCAUGGAUCUCUCGACUAUCAAGAAAAAGUUACAGGAUUUGAGUUACAAGUCUAAGGAGGAAUUUUGCGAAGACGUGAGGCAAAUUUUCAACAAUUGUGAAAUUUUCAACGAAGACGACAGUCCGGUCGGCAAAGCGGGACACUGUAUGAGACAGUUCUUCGAAGCUAGGUGGAACGAACUUUGUCUCUCACACAGUUGAGGAUUGCUGUACGCCAGAAGGCACUUUUACUGUAAGACAGUAGCUAAGGGUUUCUAAUCGUUACAAAUGAAUUUUAAUAUUUUUGAUAAUUAAAAAAAAAAUAAACGAUACAGGUAGUUUCUGGGUGUGAUAUGCAACUGAUAAUAAGAUAGUUACACUAGAAGUUAUUCUGAUUGUUUAGAUACAGGGUAGUGAAAUUUAAUUUCGUCCUACUGUGAUUUCGUUAAUCUUUUAGAAAAUAAGUGAGUAAAUGAAAUGAGUUAAUAUAGCUUUAUUUAAGUAUAAAAAUUCUACUUAUUUUUACAAUAAAACUUUUAUUUUGACGAUUUACUAAUUAAUGUGUGACUGUCUAUUAAUUUUCGCUGCUCUGUAUCAUUUAGCAAAUAUAAAAACGUAACUUAUUUUUCUUUAGAGCACUUAAGAUGUAUUAAAUUUUGUAUUUUUGAUAAUUGUAUUUUGUUUUACGAUUUUUUACGUGUACUUAUUUAAGUUAAAUUUACUGUUUGUGUUUCAUUAAUACUUAAUUUAUUUAAGCUGAAACGAAUGAAUUGCUUGAAAAUCUCAAUUAACUUAGUUGUAAUACUAAAGAAACAGUUGUAUAAAUUGUAAAUAUGAUAUUUUUAUCGCUCAACUACUGUUUUAUAAGCUGAACAAAGUUCGAGAGACGCUGUAUAAUUUAUGUGUUUUGGUAGGCUAGUUCUUUGCAAAAAAAAAUUCGAUGACAUAGAACUAG